GAGCGUGAGCCUGGAUGGGGUGAGGCUCUGUCUACAGUGGAAGAACCUAGCUGGAACCGCAGGAAGCUGAGUCUGUUUAGUACACAGCUGAUCAGAGUCGGCUGGGUUGAAGCCGCAGGACCAACUUCUAAGGGAGGGAAGGGCAGGAGUGCAGAGCCCGGAGUCCACAUCCGAGACCCCUAAGUCAAAGACAUUUCAACUACCCUCAACUCACCCUCAACUACUGGAAAAAUGCUGGCCACGCAUCUGGCUUCGUCAUCCCCUUGGAGUUCCUUCUGAUCUCCCUGCCUUUGGCAGCCUGGCUCCAGUGGAAUGUGCCCGCUGUGGUACCUACCAAGUUCAAGGAGAGGUCCUGGCGGUCCACCAAGACGCGCUGCUUUAGAGUCGGUUCCUAAGCUGUUGUCUCUAAGGCCGCCAUUUCUUUGGGUCUCCCUCUUAUUUCUGCCAGACUGGGCACUGCCCCUUUGGCCCCAGGGGCCUCUGCAGGGGUCCUCGCUGCCCAGGCUGUCCACAGCACAGCCAGGCAAGUGCCCGGGAGGGUGGCAGAGGAAAGGAGGAAUGGACUGUGGACCACCUGCAACCCUCCAGCCUCACCUGGCUGGACCACCUGGCACUGCCCGUCGCCCAGUAGCCGUGUGCCAGCAAGAGAGCCUGUCCUUUGUGGAGCUGCCCACCCUGCACCCUCCAAGCCCAGUGUGUGUGGACCUCUUUCCCAUUACUCCAGAGGAGCUACAAGCCCCUGGUAGCCGCUGGUCCCUGGCGACCCCUGCCCCUCUCCAAGGACUGUUAUGGCCGACAUCCUCAGGAGGCCCAGAUACCCAUAUCUCCACCACUGGAGGAAUGAGGCCCAGCAGGGCUGGCAGCUGGCCUCACUGUCCUGGUGCCCAGCCCCCAACUCUGGUGGGACCCUGGAGUUCUCAGCAUAUGCAGCCCCAACGAAGGGCCAGCCACGGUGGCUCAGAGAAGUCAGCCUGGCGCAAGAUGCAGGUGUAUCAUAACGAAGAGGCCACAGGCGGCACAGAGCCCCCCAUGGGCCUUCUGGAGACUGGCCAGGCUGUUCAAGGGCAGGCUCUGUGUGCGCAAGAGCCCCGGCCACAGGAACUUUCUGGGAACACCAGAGGGGGCCUUGAGGCACAGGAGAGAAGACGUUUCUCGGCCUCAGAGCUGAUGACUAGGCUGCAUUCUUCUCUCCGUUUGGGGCGCAGCACGGCCCCUAGAGCUCUGACCUCGGGCUCAGGUGCUGGAGUCAUCCGGGAAGGGAAACUGCCCGGGAGGGAACCCCGAAGAGCCGAGACGAGGAUGGACAGUGUGUCCCUGCCAGCACCCGUCGAUCUAAAUGAGGUCCAGGGUGGUCUGGUGGAGCCCAGGUUGGACACGAACGACAAGCCGACUCAAGAUACCAACAGUGCCACUGAGCGACGCCAGUCCCGUUUCCUCCUUAACUCUGUCCUCUACCAGGAGUACAGCGACGUGGCCAGCGCGCGCGAAUUGCGGCGGCAGCAGCGCGAGGAGGAGGGCCCCGGGGACGGGGCGGAGGGCGCGGAGGAGGGGCCCGGGCCACCGCGCGCCAACCUCUCCCCGAGCAGCUCUUUCCGCGCGCAGCGCUCGACGCGAGGCUCCACCUUCUCGCUGUGGCAGGACAUCCCCGACGUGCGCGGCAGCGGCGUCCUGGCCACGCUGAGCCUGCGCGACUGCAAACUGCAGGAGGCCAAAUUUGAGCUGAUUACCUCGGAGGCCUCCUACAUCCAUAGCCUGUCGGUGGCCGUGGGUCACUUCUUAGGUUCCGUGGAGCUGAGCGAGUGUCUGGGGACUCAGGACAAACAGUGGCUAUUUUCCAAACUCCCCGAGGUCAAGAGCACCAGUGAGAGAUUUCUUCACGACCUGGAACAGCGUCUGGAGGCCGACGUGCUGCGCUUCAGCGUCUGUGAUGUGGUUCUGCACCACUGCCCCGCCUUCCGCCGGGUCUACCUGCCCUACGUCACCAACCAGGCCUAUCAGGAGCGCACCUACCAGCGCCUGCUCCUAGAGAACCCCAAGUUCCCCGGCAUCCUGGCUCGCUUAGAGGAGUCUCCUGUGUGCCAGCGGCUGCCUCUCACCUCAUUCCUCAUCCUACCGUUCCAGAGGGUCACCCGCCUCAAGAUGCUGGUGGAGAACAUCUUGAAGCGCACGACACCGGGCUCCCAAGAUGAGGACAUGGCUACCAAGGCCUUCAGUGCACUAAAGGAGCUGGUGCAGGAAUGCAACGCAAGCGUGCAGUCCAUGAAGAGGACCGAGGAGCUCAUUCACCUGAGUAAGAAGAUCCACUUCGAGGGCAAGAUCUUCCCGCUGAUCUCACAGGCCCGCUGGCUGGUACGGCACGGGGAGCUGGUGGAGCUGGCCCCGCUGCCCGCCGCACCACCAGCCAAGCUGAAGCUGUCCAGCAAGGCUGUGUACCUUCACCUCUUCAAUGACUGCCUGCUGCUGUCCCGGAGGAAGGAGCUCGGGAAGUUUGCCGUAUUUGUUCAUGCCAACAUGGCUGAGCUACAGGUUCGAGACCUCAGCCUGAAGCUCCAGGGCAUCCCCGGCCAUGUAUUCCUGCUCAGGCUGCUGCAUGGGCAGCGCGCCAGGCACCAGCUGCUGCUGAGGGCACGGACAGAAAGCGAGAAGCAACGGUGGAUUUCGGCCUUGCGUCCAUCCAGCCCCCAGGAAGACAAGGAGAUCACUUGUGAUGGGGAAGACCGCCCCCAGGUCCAGUGUGUGAGGACUUACAAGGCCCUGCAGCCCGAUGAACUGACCUUGGAGAAAACAGACAUCCUAGCAGUGAAGACUAGGACCAGCGAUGGCUGGCUGGAGGGUGUGCGACUGGCCGAUGGUGAGAAGGGGUGGGUGCCUCAGGCCCACGUGGAGGAGAUCAGCAGCCUCAGCGCUCGACUGCGUAACCUCCGGGAGUACAAGAGGGUCUCCAACGUCAGCAGCAAGCUGGGGGACCCGCCCGCCUGAUGCUCCGCUGGGGCCACUCUGGUGCUGGUGGGCUUCUGUGUGUCUGAGGGCCGCAGGGUGGCAACGGUUCUGUAAAUACACUCUGGCUGCCUCUGCUCAGUCUGAGCGGGGCGGGCCUUCUCAUGGGCUGCCCCAUCAGGAGGGCACUGGUUGUUCCUGCUGUCACUCGUCCCAAGGGCAGAGGGGCUGCCCCAACCUGCUACUUUCCCCUCCAAGUAGCAAGUGUCAGAUCCAAGCAGGCUUGAAUAUUAAAGUGACUCCGUGAGUUUCUGUAGUUGCCUCUUGUGGCCUGUGCCAAGAAAGCACCACCAGCUGGGGGGUAGCCUUGAAACUAUUAAAGCAUAGCUCAGAGGCCAGGCUCUCAAAUCGGCCUCCUGGGCUGGGCUCCAGGUGGAGGUGAUGCUGGGCCCCAUCUGGGUCUCAGGAGAAAAUCGCUUGUUGCCUCUGUGUACUUGGUGGUUGCCAGUGAGCUGCACUUGCAGACAAAUCCCAGUCCUACUGUGUGUCCUCUGUCUGCCCGGGACUGUGAGCCUAUGGCUUCAUUUGGAGUCUCCCCCACCCACCCUCAACCAUCUCCCCAUCACAGUCCUGGAAAAAACAUCGACAAACAUACUUCUUCCGUGUUUUCUUGUUUUGUUUUGCUUAUUUGUUUAAAAACCUUUUUAAAUG